AGAACUAAAACUGACCUAACCUCAAUAAUUUUUAUAACCUAAAAAUUCUGUAACUGUCAAAGUUACACAUAUUUUACUAUUUUUUUUAAAUUUUGAAUACUAAAUUCUUGUAAACGAUGGCUAGCCAGUCUGCAAAAGUAGUUACUCAACAGGUGAAACCUAUUUUAUCCUUAAACAGGACCGAAGCACGACAAAGGGUGCUAAAUUUAUACAAGGCUUGGUACAGACAAAUCCCUUACAUAAUAAACCAAUAUGAUGCUCCUCUUUCGACGGAAAUGUGUAAAAAGAAGUUAAGAGAAGAGUUCAACAAACACAAGCACGUAACAGACUUUAGGGUCAUUGAUAUGUUAGUUAUAAAAGGUCAAAUGGAACUUGUUGAAACAGUCAAUAUUUGGAAACAGAAAGGACACGUAAUGGCUUACUUUAAGGACACUGUGGAACCCAAACCGAAAGAUUUCCUGUCCAAAUUCUUUGCUGGAAUUAAUUAAAUUACUUGCUUGUUAGUAGCUGUACAUAUGUAGGAGAAUAAAACGAUAUUUAUA